AUGAAGGGCACGUACGACACCGACGUCGUCAUGGACGACGGCACCACGAUUCGCACCACUGUCACCAACUCCGGCGACGCCGUCGAGUCCUUCCUCCGCGAGGUCGUCGGCAAGCACGGCCGGCAGCUCCUCGUCGGCAUCGACACCGAGUGGCGCGUCGUCCCCACGGAGAACGGCCGCCCCAAGAACCAGAUGGCCGUCCUGCAGCUCUGCGUGGGCCGGCGCGGCCUCGUCUUCCAGAUCUUCCACGCCGACCAUGUCCCCGGCGCCCUGAAGGACUUCCUCGCCUGCCCGGACCACCGCUUCCUCGGCGUGGCCGUCGACGGCGACGUCAGGCGCCUGUCCGAGGACUGCGGCCUCGCCGUCGCCAACGCGGUGGAGCUGAGGCACGUCGCGGCGGAGGUGCUCUCCCGGCCGGAGUUCAGGAACGCGGGGCUCAAGGCCCUGACGCGCGAGGUGAUGGGCGUGCACAUCGACAAGCCCAAGCGGCUGACGAUGAGCAAGUGGGACGAGCACCGACUGUCUAUGGAGCAGGUCCAGUACGCCUGCAUCGACGCGUUCGUCUCCUACGAGAUCGGCCGGCUGCUGCUCACCGCAGGGCCGGACCCUGUAUAG